AUCCGGGAGUGUUUGCGUCCAUAGUUACCAAAAUGGGCGGAAAAACACUGUGAAGUUUCUGUUGACAAGUAGUUGCCCUAGCCAACAACUAUUUAUUGCAAAUACUUUUGUAGGUGCUUUUUUCCUCUGAAAUACAGCUUAAGAAAACAACACUAUGGAAAUUGUCAGAGGGAGUUUGGAUGACAUUUCCCGACCUGCGCCGACAGAACUAACAGGCAGCCGUGUCUCUAGCGUGUCGUUGCCUCAUAGUGACAGAGUGUGUCCCACAACUCCAUUUUCCCUUGUUGUUUUGACCAACAAUGCUGCUGAUAUUCAGGUUCAGAGCAGCUCUCAAGAAACUAUUUCCAACUCCUCAACCAGAGAUUCUGACGAAACUCAGUGCCAGUUUGAUGUUACUGAUGAGGAGAAGGAGGAUUUCAAACUACAGAGAGCCAUUGAGGAAAUGAGACGACUUGAUGAAAUACUUUCUGAAAAGAUCUGCAAAGAAAAAGAAACCAAGCGUCAAAGAAAAGAACUUCAAGCAAAACUCUGGCAAGAGCUCCUGCAGAAUAAGCCUGAGGGUCAUUCUGAAUGUGCCCAUGAAGCUUUGAACACAAGGUUGUUUCUGGCUCUGGAAGCAUCCAUUGGAACAGAAGAGGAGGAUGACUUUGUGCCUGUGUUUGAAACUCAGGUUCCUGACUCUGAGCACAACAGAGACCAAAACGUGAUGCAAAGUAAAAAGAGGCCAAAGAGCUCCACAGAAUCAUUUGAAGCAAGCCAUGAAGAGACUGGGGAAGAGCUAUUUGAAGGCAGCCACAGUGGAGCUUUCAAAGGCAAGAAAAAACAGAAGGACUUUGUCAAGAGAAACAUUGAGCUGGUUAGUGAUGAGGGGGACCAAGUGCUUUUGACCCAGACAGAGAAAGAGCGUCUGGCCGAGCUUCUCCAAGAAGUAGACGAAGAGGAAGAGGAAGAGGACAGUGCCAGAGGCACAGACAGCGAGGAGGACAUUUGUGCUGUGUCAGUCCUGACAGGCCAGGGCUACACCCCAGAGCCUUCUGACCUGGAGCAGCUGAUCAACAUUGACUCCAAAAUUCGUCUUCUCCUUCCUGCUGAGGAAUUUUUCUCAGUGCAAAGCUCAUACACAAACCUUAGUUUGUCCCAGGGCCAUGGCCCAGAGGUUGCCUGGAAGUGCGGUGGGGACCCGCAGCCAGGAGAGAAGGUCCUGCAGGAUAUAAAGGCGAGGAGAGGGUUGGAGAGGCGGCUUCAAGAGAUCCAACAGCAGCUGGAGAUUCUGGACCAGAGUCAAGAGAUGACUAAUGAGUCACCAGAUCUUACAGAGGAACAGUUACUUGGGCUGCUGGAUGAAUGUGAGCUGACAGAGAGCUGGGCCCAGGAUCAUGAGACAAAUGACACAACAACAUGAGACCCUAAAAUAAAAAGAACUCAGAUGGGCCUGAUAAAUCUGAAGCCAUGAUAUCAAAACGUGCAUCAUUGCUGGGAUGUCACUAUCAGGCUAUAAGAGGGUUGUAAGAAAACUACUGCAUCAGGCCCACUGGCCCAGUACUGGA